UCCCAAAAGGAAGUUGAACUCCAUACUUAUCUUACUACUAUUAGUUUGCCUCUUCCUGUUGAUGUGAAUGAUGAUUAUGAAUGGAUAGCUGGUGAUUCUCCGUUACAUUCUUUCAGGUCGUCAACCACAUGGGAGGUGCUGCGGCCGCGGGAAGAGCUUAAAGAUUGGGUAGAUGUCGUUUGGUUCAAAGGAGGAAUCCCAAAGCACGCAUUCACCAUGUGGGUAGCUAACUAUGACAGGCUACCCACCCGUUCUCGACUUGCAGCGUGGGGGAUUUCAAUCUCGCCUGCAUGUCCUUUCUGCUCAGGAUAUGACGAAACUAGAGACCACUUAAUGCUGUCCUGCGUUUACAGUAUUGAUGUUUGGCGAGAAGUGCUUCUCAGAUGUCAGCCACCGCCAACAAUGUUUACCACAUGGUCUGAACUCCUCUCCUGGAUCCGGUCCUCACCUUCAAACAGGCUAACCCUCUUGAGGAAACUAGCGGUUCAAACAGUCAUUUUCACCCUAUGGAAACAAAGGAAUAACUUAGUCCACAAUCAAACAUCGAUCCCUGCUGCUACCGUGUUCCAUAGUGUUGACAAACAGCUGAGAAAUAUCAUCUCAGCAAGGAGGAAAAGAAAAUCUUUCAAAGCCCUCAUGGCGAUGUGGCUGCGAUAGGUUUCUUUUGGUUUUAUAAGUGAUCCAUCUUAUUUUUAUUUCUUUUUGCCAAGAUGGCUCAGACAUAAGAUAUUACUUUGUAAAAUCUUUUUUCAUCUAUAUGAUAUUUACAGUUUAGCAAAAAAGUCGUUGAUGUUGAGGUUUAUGCAAAAAACCCAACUUUUUAGUUUCGUCGGUGGGAACUUGAUUUAAAUUUCAUAAACAACAAGGGAAAACUGCCAAGAAGCAAAGGAAAAAAAGAAAAAGAAAAUCGUUUAAAUCUGUUCCGAGCGUUUUCCUCCUCCUUCACAAUUUUCCUAUUGAGUGACCUUCAAGGCAAGAAAACAGAGGGAGAACACAAUGACCAGUUUGUUUCCAUCAACGAAAAGUCAUAUCUCCUAUAGAAUUAUAUGGAUGAUCUUUGUGAUCCCUUCUUGUGUUUACUCGGCUAGUGAGGAGCUUCACAGACUCUGCAGUGCCCCGUUUAGCUGCGGUAAUCAAGAAGGUCUUUUUUACCCUUUCUGGAUAUCUGGUAGAGAAGCAUGUGGCCACCCCGAGUUCAAACUCAACUGUAGCGGAGGAUUUGCGGAGUUUACCAUCUCCUCUGCAAAGUUCAUAAUCUUAGAGGCAAACUCUACCUCUCGUGUCGUAAGACUCGCUAGAUCGGAUUAUACAGGCGAUCUCUGUCCACCAUACCCGCUAAACUCGCCGUUGUUCAACGAAUACGUCCUUCCAUUCGCUACUGGCACCGAGAUGAUGACGAUAUACUACGGAUGCCCCGAGGUUACGCAAACUGAUUCUACUUACCUUGGUGACCUCGAUUGUGAAGAUGACGAUGAUGAUGAUGAGAAAAGUUACUAUGUGUCGAGAAACCGAUCGUCUCUUGCACUUGGUGAGAUUUGCAAACGUCACGUCAGCAUUCCCGCAGAUGGAACGUCUCUGAACACACUGCAAAGCGUUCCAACUCUAGGUAGUCUAAAGAAGGUUAUCGUAGAGGGUUUCAAGCUUGGAGCUAACGGAGAAUGUUUGACGUGCGAAAAUUCUAAGGGUGCUUGUGGAUAUAAUCAGAGCUCUAAUGGAUUUAUUUGUUAUUGUAUUGACGGGCAUCAAAAUGUUACUUGUGGUUCUACAAACUGGGAUACAGGCCUCUCUACUGGAGCAACAAAAGCAGGCCUCUCAACAGGAAAGAAAGCAGGAAUCGGAACUGCUUUAGGGUUGGUGGGAAUCAUUCUUAUAGCCGGAGGUUUGUUCUGUACGUUCAAAUGGAGAAAGAAAGCACAGGCAGCUCAAUACAUUAGAAAAGACUUGGUCAUCACGUCUUCGAGUAAGGAAGCAUCAAACAAUCCAACUUCCACAACAGUUUCAUACACCGAUCUCCCUCUUCUCCCCUCAGUGUCUAGCACUGCAAACAGAAGCGUCUUCUUUGGAGUUCAAGUCUUCAGCUACGAAGAACUUGAGGAAGCCACUCAAAAUUUCUCUAGAGAACUCGGAGAUGGCGGAUUCGGUACAGUCUACUACGGCGUGCUGAAGGAUGGACGAGCUGUAGCAGUGAAACGACUAUACGAAAGAUCGCUAAAACACGUUGAACAGUUCAAGAACGAGGUCGAGAUCUUGAAAUCGUUGAAGCAUCCGAAUCUUGUGAUUCUAUACGGAUGCACAUCGAGACAUAGCAAAGAGCUUUUACUUGUCUACGAGUAUAUCUCAAACGGAACCCUCGCAGAUCAUCUCCACGGAGAUCGUGCUAUAUCUCGUCCUCUUUGCUGGUCAGUUCGUCUAAACGUUGCGAUCGAAACCGCAAGCGGUUUAGCAUUUCUCCACGCAUCCGGGAUCAUACAUAGGGAUGUGAAGACAACAAACAUUCUCCUGGACGAGAACUACACGGUGAGAGUAGCCGACUUCGGUCUCUCACGGUUGUUUCCAAUGGAUCAAACUCACGUCUCCACCGCGCCGCAAGGUACUCCGGGCUAUGUAGACCCGGAGUACUUCCAAUGUUACCGUCUAAACGAGAAAAGCGACGUUUACAGCUUCGGGGUCGUGCUAAUAGAACUCAUCUCUUCCAAAGAAGCUGUAGACAUCACCAGGAAAAGCCACGACGUCAACCUAGCCAAAAUGGCUGUUGCCAAAAUCCAGAACAACGCGUUGCACGAGCUCGUUGAUCCGAGCCUGGGAUUCGAGAAGGAUCCAGAGGUGAGGAGGAAGAUGAUGUCGGUGGCUGAGCUUGCGUUUCGAUGUUUGCAGCACGAGAGGGAAAUGAGGCCGACGAUGGAUGAGAUCCUGAAGAUCUUGCGAGGGAUUGAGGAGCAGAUCGGCCAGGAUGUGGUGGAUAUUGGCGGGGAUGAUGUUGGAUUGCUCAGACUUAGUGUUCCUCCGCCGAUAUCACCUGAAACUGAUACGUGGACGAGCAAGAGCAGUUCAGAGGAUAUGGAGGCUAUUCCUUUUUGACAAGUUAUUAUUAUUUAGGGCUUGUAAAAGUGAGUUUUUAAUUUAUAAUUUCAUGUAAGAUCUUUUAUCUAUGUUAUAUACGUCUAUACUCCUACUAUCGUAGGUCUUAUUUUUCAUGUAUGUGCAAUGUAAGAAAAAACAACAUAUAAUAUAUGUAAUUGGUAAUGCUGAUUCAGUUAAAGUUCGGAUA